GGAACCUCUGUCUCGCAGUCCGUGGUGGAUGGAGCCUCUGUCUCGCAAACCGUGGUGGAUGGAACCUCUGUCUCGCAAACCGUGGUGGAUGGAACCUCAGUCUCGCAAACCGUGGUGGAUGGAACCUCAGUCUCACAGUCUGUGGUCGACGGAACCUCGGUUUCGCAGUCCGUGGUGGAUGGGACCUCGGUCUCGCAAGCCGUGGUGGAUGGGACCUCGGUUUCACAGUUGGUGGUCGAUGGAACCUCAGUCUCGCAAUUGGUAGUCGAUGGGACCUCGGUCUCGCAGUCGGUAGUUGCAGUCGGCACAACGCUCGUCGAUGGGACCUCAGUCUCGCAGUCGGUGGUCGAUGGGACCUCAGUCUCACAGUCGGUGGUCGACGGAACCUCUGUCUCGCAAUCAGUGGUGGAUGGAGCCUCUGUCUCGCAAUUGGUGGUGGAUGGGACCUCAGUCUCGCAGUCGGUGGUGGAUGGGACCUCAGUCUCGCAGUCGGUGGUCGACGGAGCCUCUGUCUCACAAUCGGUAGUGGAAGGAACCUCGGUCUCGCAGUUGGUAGUCGAUGGGACCUCGGUCUCGCAGUCGGUGGUUGCAGUCGGCACAGCGCUCGUCGACGGAACCUCGGUUUCGCAAUCAGUGGUGGAUGGGACCUCGGUUUCACAGUUGGUGGUCGAUGGAACCUCAGUCUCGCAAUUGGUAGUCGAUGGGACCUCGGUCUCGCAGUCGGUAGUUGCAGUCGGCAUAACGCUCGUCGAUGGGACCUCAGUCUCGCAGUCGGUGGUCGAUGGGACCUCAGUCUCACAGUCGGUGGUCGACGGAACCUCUGUCUCGCAAUCAGUGGUGGAUGGAGCCUCUGUCUCGCAAUCAGUGGUGGAUGGAGCCUCUGUCUCGCAAUUGGUGGUGGAUGGGACCUCAGUCUCGCAGUCGGUGGUCGACGGAGCCUCUGUCUCACAAUCGGUAGUGGAAGGAACCUCGGUCUCGCAGUUGGUAGUCGAUGGGACC